AUGAUUCGCAAGAUCACAACUCUCGCGGCCCUGGUCGGUGUGGUCAGGGGCCAGGCAGCUUGCAGCCUCACCGCCGAGACGCACCCGUCUCUUACCUGGCAAAAGUGCAGCUCUGGCGGCUCCUGCACCAAUGUAGCUGGCUCCGUCACCAUUGACGCCAACUGGCGGUGGACGCACACGACGAGCGGCUACACGAACUGCUACACGGGUAACAAGUGGGACACAUCCAUCUGCUCGACCAACGCCGACUGCGCUUCCAAGUGCUGUGUCGAUGGUGCCAACUACCAGCAGACCUAUGGUGCUUCCACCAGCGGCAACGCCCUCUCUCUGCAGUACGUGACUCAGAGCUCUGGCAAGAACGUCGGCUCCCGUCUGUACCUCCUCGAGUCGGAGAACAAGUACCAGAUGUUCAACCUGCUCGGCAACGAGUUCACCUUUGACGUGGAUGCCUCGAAGCUCGGCUGUGGACUUAACGGAGCUGUUUACUUUGUCUCGAUGGACGCAGAUGGUGGUCAAAGCAAGUACAGCGGCAACAAGGCCGGUGCAAAGUACGGAACUGGCUACUGCGAUUCGCAAUGCCCGCGUGAUCUGAAAUACAUCAACGGCGCUGCCAAUGUCGAGGGCUGGCAGCCAUCUUCUGGUGAUGCCAACUCGGGUGUCGGCAACAUGGGCUCUUGCUGCGCCGAGAUGGACAUUUGGGAGGCCAACAGCAUCUCGACUGCCUACACCCCCCACCCCUGCUCCAACAACGCUCAGCACUCGUGCAAGGGUGACGACUGUGGAGGAACUUACUCUUCGGUCAGGUACGCAGGCGACUGUGACCCGGAUGGAUGCGACUUCAACUCCUACCGCCAAGGGAACCGCACGUUCUACGGCCCAGGAUCCAACUUUAACGUGGACUCGUCAAAGAAGGUCACCGUCGUCACGCAGUUCAUCUCCUCGGGCGGCCAGCUCACCGACAUCAAGCGCUUCUACGUCCAGAACGGCAAGGUCAUCCCCAACUCGCAGUCCACCAUCACGGGCGUCACGGGCAACUCGGUCACGCAAGACUACUGCGACAAGCAAAAGACGGCGUUUGGCGACCAAAAUGUCUUCAACCAGCGCGGUGGGCUCCGCCAGAUGGGCGACGCCCUGGCCAAGGGCAUGGUGCUCGUCAUGUCCGUCUGGGACGACCACCACUCCCAGAUGCUGUGGCUCGACUCGACCUACCCCACCACUUCGACCGCGCCCGGCGCCGCCAGGGGUUCCUGCUCGACCUCGAGCGGCAAGCCCUCCGACGUGCAGUCCCAGACCCCCGGCGCCACGGUUGUCUACAGCAACAUCAAGUUUGGACCGAUCGGCUCGACCUUCAAGUCUUCGUAG